AUGAAACGACCGAGAGAGGGAAGAAUAUGGAAGAAUCGCAGUCUUGAUACACGUGAUUCGAGCUCUUGGAAUGGAGAUGACGAAGACGGAGGGAGAAACCGAGAUCCGAUCCCUCUCGAUCUCACGUUAGAAAUACUGGCAAGAUUGCCGGUGAAGUCGCUCACCAGAUUUCGCUCUGUAUCGAAGCUUUGGGCGUCGAUUAUUCACGGCCGUGAUUUCAUCAACUCUUUCGUAGUUAAUCCCUGGAAUCAGCCACGCCUCUUGUUCGUCUUUCAAUAUUGUAAAAAGUGGUUCAUCUUCUCGUCGCCUCAGAACAUGAAUAUGGAGGAAAUUUCGUCCUCAAGAGCCACUUUCCAUAUGUCGUGUCCCGAAGAUCGACCCUGGUUUCCCCAUUCUGGAUCUGUCUACGGCUUGAUCUGUUGCGGAUUGCCUCCCAGUUUCGUGGUGUUAAACCCUAGCACAGGACAGUCGAUAAGGUUGCCCAAAGUGAAAUCUAGGAGACUUGGCAUAAAAAAAUAUCUCGGGUAUGAUCCGAUCGUCCAUCAACACAAGGUACUGUGCAUGUCGGUUUGUCUAAGCAACCGCUGGGGAGAAUCAUUUGUAGCUGGGGAGUUUCAGGUUUUGACAUUAGGAGCUCGGAAACUGUCAUGGAGAAUGAUCGAAUGCAGUGUUCCUCAUUAUCCUGAAAAAGAUCAUUAUUGUUCUGAAUAUGAUGGGAUAUGCAUAAACGGGGUUGUGUAUUAUCAAGCUCGCUCCCAAAAGUAUAAUGGUAUUUCCAUGAUCAUGAGCUUUGAUGUUGGCUCUGAAAAGUUCAGUUUUAUCAAACCCCCCGAAGGCAUCGAUUUCCACCUCUUUCAUUUAAUUCUGAUCAACUACAAAGGCAAAUUAGCUAAGAUCUGUUGUGGUAGUGAUAUAGAUUUGUGGGUUCUUGAAGAUGCCGAGAAACACGAAUGGUCGAGGAAGAUACAUGUUCCGUCACCUUCAUGGGGUUAUCCAAUUAGGAAGAGUAUUAAGUAUCACAUUGUGACCGUCAAUGAUGAGGGUGAGAUUGUUUUUGCGCCACGGUAUCUGAAUCAUCCCUUGCGUGUCAUAUAUUACAAUCUGGAGAGAAACACUGUCCGAAAGGUUGAAAUCAAAGGGAUUGCAGGUGAUGAGUUUAGGCUUCAAGAUCAAGACAAGUCUCGGCGUUUUAAUCUGACGACCCUUGCAAACCACACUGAGAGUAUGAUGCCCUUGUAAGUGGUCAUUUCCUUGCUAACUGGACUUCAUAACCAAUUGUAAGUUUUCAUCAAUAAGAUCAUGGACCUUUGCAUUCCUUUUUGGUCGUAUAAAAUC